AUGCGGCUCGAUCUCACCCUCGCGCUGCUCGUGGCCACAACAUCAGCAUACACGCUGGUUCAGACGGAGCACCAGCCUCGCAAGUUCUAUAUCAUUGCUGGCGACGAAUACGCGGAAGUCAGCUACGAGAAAGCCUACAUUGUCCACAGAGUGCUGCUAGGUGGCACUCCGGCCCAUGGUCGCGACGCAGAAUGGACACCGACGUUGGAAAACUUACGGAAACUCGAAGACCCGGGUCAGAAGAAUGGGACUCUCGAGUUCAUGGUCCUGAAGGCAAAUCCGAACAGAUAUUUUGUGUUUGACGCACCGCAAUUUGCGGAGAUCGACCAGGAGAAAUAUGUGACGCUUAGCGCCUUCACCGCAAACCAAAUCAUCCAUUUUGUUGACGAGAAUUGGAAUCAAAUUUCCUACAAAUAUGAGCGACUGGUAGUGCGCGGAGCCAUCGAAGACCUACUACGUAAGCCGGAAAGUAAAAAACCAGAAGAAACAAGCAAAAACGGCAACGAAGCUUCCAACGAAUCCAAUAAAGCCCCAGAAGCGCAAAAAGAAGAACAAGAAGCUUUUGUCAUGAUUGCCAAAGUUUAUUUGACGAUCAUCCUACUUCUUCUUGGCUGUGUUCUAUUCAUGGCUGUGUUGGAACGAUCUUCAAGCGGAAAUAAAUUUUUUCUCUGGAAGCCCGAUCCCUGUUACAACGAAAAUUCGACGUCUUGUCAGAUUCCGUCAACAGACUUUUUU